AUGGAGACCACGGUGAGAAAAGGGUGGAGACGGCCGCCUUCAGGUUGGGUUUCAGUUUGCACAGAUGCAGGCAUAUUGGGUGAAGAGGGAGCUGGUUUGGGAGCUGUCAUUCGGGAUUCCAAUGGCCGGUUCUGUUUGGCCGCGACGAAGAGAGUCCCUGGGAGCUGGAAGGUGGAGGAAGCCGAAGCUUUGGCUGCCGAGUUCGGGGCGCAAAUGGCGGUCCAUGGGCAUUUCCAGAAGGUAGUACUGGAGUCGGACUGCCAAGUUGUUAUCCAUAAGCUGCAGGCGGCGCAUGAGAUGCAGGAUGAGAUAGGGGUGAUUUGCAGGAAUGUUAAGCGGUUGUUACAAGAAACAGGCGAGUGUAGGUGGCAUCACAUAUGCAGGGAAGCUAAUGAAGCCGCCCACGUAAUGGCGCAUGCCAUGUCGAACUGGAAUGAGACUGUGAUUUGGUUUGAUAGCCCUCCGGGGUUUCUUUUUAAUCAGCUUCAGCUGGACGAUGUAACCGCGUUAACUGAUUAA